UGCGAGAUAAACAGCGGCCAUAAUUAGCUGGCUCGGGCACCUGUUGGAGGUAAACUUUAUAGCCGUUGUAUUCCGACCAAUGGCUGAUACAUCAAUAGCCCCGGUGUUUACUCGCCACUCGACAGAGAGCUCGUCUCUUAGCGCGGAGUGACAGAGGAACCAAUACACCACGCUUUCAUCAACAGAUAGAACUCCAAUACCUGCAACAGAUAUCUAUCAUAAUGGACUAGAGAGAAGAACUAGGAAAUCGACGGAAAUCUCAGAAGCAGCAUCUGUUUGUGACGGAUGAUUUCUGGAUUUAACACCACUAUCUCUAAUGACGUCAUCAUUGACCUAAAUAACACUACUCUGACGUUACCGUUUGCUGGUCAAGAGGCGUCACUGCCAUUGACACUGAGGGUUAUUUUGGCCAUUCUUUUGGUUCUAGUGAUCGUUAUUGGAUGCGUGGGGAACUCUGUCGUCUGUCUAAUUGUUUACAACAAUCCGGCAAUGAGAUCGGCCAUCAAUAUUCUACUGGCCAAUCUGGCUCUAACCGACAUCCUUUUAUCAGCUGUUUGCAUGCCUCUUGCCAUACUCAUGCUUUUCUGGAGGGACAAGAUUAUGGAGAAUAUCCCGUGCCAGAUGUUUGCUUUUCUCCAGGAAACAUUUGUGUCAACAGGGAUUUUGACUCUUCUUGCCAUCAGCAUAGAUCGCUACAGAAUCAUUGUCAAGCGACGCGACAAACUUACCACUGCGCAUGCCAAGAUAUUGACAGUGGUGGCAUGGUGUUUAUCUCUUCUAUUGACGUUGCCGCCGUUGAUUGGUUGGGGCAAAUACAAAUUUUACCCCAAGCAAACGCAAUGCGUCUACGGGAUUCAUAGAGAUAGUUUUGAGUUAAUUUAUUUGUUAUCGAAAAUAUGCUUUGUUAAUUAUUUCCCAACCAUUGCCAUGGGGUUUUCCUAUGUCUGUAUCAUUGAUAAAGUGCGCAGAGACGCGUUGCGAAUACGUAACUGUCCCGAAUUAGAUUCACACGUGAGUGUUACCAUUAGCAACGGGAAAUUAGGAUUACCCAUAAUUCAUAAGAAGAAAAAUUCCCACAUUGACAUACAUUUUAAAACCAGAUCAUUUAAAACAAUAUUGAUAUUAUUCAUUGUAUUGACCAUAUGCUGGACACCGUAUGGUAUGAAUCUAAUGAUCAGUAACAUCGUUGGAACGUACGGGUGUGUUCGAAACACCAUUCUUGUUUGGAUUGGUUUUGUGAAAUGUGCCAUUAACCCAAUCAUAUAUUUUAUAUACAUUUCAAAGUUCCGUGAGGCAUGUGCAGAGUAUAUUCCGACUACGUUUAAGUUUUCCCUGAAAUUCAAAGUCUUCACUAGAAGGAGGGUGAAUCCUGCCGCCAUUUAUGAGUACCGCGAAAAAACCGGAACUGUCGGCAGUAAAUAAGGAAAAAAACCUGUCACGUGUUUGUCUUGCUCACUGUAUAAAUCAAUUAUACUGAAAUUGUUA